UGUUAACCUUUUGGAAGUUUUUAUUGUUCGGCGUGAUGUUAACUUUCGCCACAGCGGGAGAAAUUAAAAAUGUUUUGUUGCUGCUGGCCGAUGAUGCUGGCUUCGAGAUGGGAGCAUAUCUGAACAAGUACUGUCAGACACCUAAUUUGGAUAAAUUGGCCCGCAAGGGUCUGUUGUUCAAUAAUGCCUUUACUUCGGUAAGCAGUUGUUCACCAAGUCGGGCACAAAUCCUGACGGGUCAACCAAGUCAUGCCAGUGGUAUGUAUGGCCUACAUCAGGGUGUUCAUAAUUUUAAUGUUCUGCCCGGCACCGCCACCUUGCCGAAUAUUUUACGAGAAAAGUCCAAAGGUGGUGUACUUAGUGGCAUUAUUGGUAAGAAGCAUGUUGGUUCGGGAGAGGAUUUUAAAUUUGAUUUUGAACAGACAGAGGAACAGCAUAGCAUAAAUCAAAUUGGUCGGAACAUAACGCGCAUGAAAUUGUAUGCCCGGGAGUUUUUACAAAAUGCCAAGAAGCAGGAGAAGCCAUUCUUCCUGAUGGUGGCUUUCCACGAUCCACAUCGUUGUGGUCACAUUACCCCGCAGUAUGGGGAGUUUUGUGAACGUUGGGGUUCUGGAGAGGAAGGUAUGGGUUCGAUACCGGAUUGGAAGCCCAUUUACUAUGAUUGGCGUAAUUUACAAGUUCCAGCAUAUUUACCCGAUACUGAUGUGGUGCGUCAGGAAUUGGCAGCCCAAUAUAUGACCAUGUCCAGAUUGGAUCAAGGUGUGGGUUUGGUGCUAAAGGAGUUACAAGACUUCGGAUUGGAAGAGGAAACUUUGGUAAUAUUUACCUCGGAUAAUGGUCCUCCCUUCCCCUUGGGUCGCACCAAUCUCUAUGAACAUGGCAUUAGAUCACCGUUUAUUUUGGCCUCACCCAAUCCCAAGGACAGGCAUUUGGAGACCACAGCGGCAAUGACCUCAUUGCAGGAUAUAUUCCCCACAAUUUUGGAUAUUUUCCACAUACCAAUGGAUAAUAGCAGUCACACAUCUUCCUCCUCCUAUACCAAAUCCCUGUUACCUCUGCUAAAAGCCGAACCCCCUACCAAUGAAAAUGACACCGUAUUUGCUUCGCAAAAUUAUCACGAAAUAACUAUGAACUAUCCAAUGCGUAUGAUACGCACCAGGAGGUAUAAACUAAUACAUAACCUCAAUUAUUGGUCCUACUUCCCCAUAGAUCAAGAUUUCUAUACUUCACCCACCUUUCAACAACUUCUCAAUGCCACAAUGCAUCAUCAACAAUUGCCAUGGUAUAAAAAUCUGCUCAGAUAUUAUCAACGUCCCGAAUGGGAAUUGUAUGACAUUAAGGCGGAUUCUUUGGAACGUUAUAAUCUGGUAGAUAAACCCAAGUACAAAGGAAUUUUAAAGAAUUUAAAGGAACGUCUCUUGAAAUGGCAAAUUGACACAAAUGACCCGUGGCGUUGUGCUCCCCAUGCUGUCCUGCAAUCGCAAGGUGUCUUCAAAAAGAAUCCCGUCUGCUUGUCGUUGGGUCAUGAGGCCUUGGCCAAGCGCGUAACUCAUUAUGAGAAAUAUAUUUUAUUGUAAAUUU